AUGAAAGUGGCAGCGGCGGCCUUGCUGAGGACGGCGAUGGCAAUUCAGCCGACAACCGAUGGCCGCGAGACGAGACCUUGGCUCUGGUUGAGAGACGACUGGGGAUGCUCAUAUAUGCCAUCAACUUUUGCAUAUCUUGGCAGGAUCUAUUGUCUUGAUUUGCAAGCUUUCUCUAAGCGGAAGAGGAAGAUUAGCAGGAGACGAUGGUAUGGUCACAUUCAUUGUGUCAAGAGAGAUCUCAGGGGUGGGGGAGUGAUCGGAGAUGGCCGAUGUUGGCCAAAAUUUCCCUCACGAAGUAGUUCUGAGAAAGGUCACGGUACUGAAGCUUCGAGC